GCAUUGUGUGGCGGUAUUGGCUUGUUGACUUAUCAGAAUCAGCGUUCGCUCGUCGGAAUGUGAUAAGCGGCAGCUCUAAACUCGAAAGCUGUUGGAUUUCGGAAUCUCUUGUGGAACAAUGUUUCGGGACUGGCGGAAGUCCAGACACAAGCGAUGGCAGCAGCUGCAACAGAAGCAACAGCAGCCAUUACUUCUCAGCGAAAGGGAGACUAUGAUCGUGUUCGUCUACGACACAGAGUGUCUGCAGGAUGAAGCGGAUGAUCCCAUAGCGGCGGUGCUUUACUUCCAUCCCAGUUGGGUUUCAGACACCCAAAAGGUGGCUUUGUGCGGGCAGCUGAUGGGCACUUCGUACUUCCUCAAAGAUUGCUUCUUCAAGCCGCGCAUCCUGGCUCUGCAGAAUGGAAAGUUUGUGCUCAAGGAGUUUGGACGUUUCACCUUGGCUGUUGGCACUGAUCGGAAUAUAGGCGAUGAACUCCUGGAACACCGCGCCGAGCUGCUUAGUUCCCUGCUCAAGUUUUUCCACCGUGAUCUGCAAACUCUAUACGAUCAAUAUGCCCUGCCACCCGCAUUGAAUAGUCGGAAUCUCAGCGAGAAACUCUACCACAUCUUUGAGACAUAUUUGCCGAUGCUGCAAAGGAAUGGCAACACAUUCCAAAAUGUCCCCAGAUUGCGCAUGCCGAAGACCGCCAGUCACAUCUUCUUGGAAGCCAUACAGACGCUGCAGAGUUGUCAGCAGACUAAGGGGAUCCUAGGCGGAGCCAUUCUCUAUCACAACAAAGUGGUGGCCUCCCAGCUGAGCGACAUGGUGACCAAGCAACUGGUUCUCACCGAUCCUCGGCAUAUACGCACGGCCGCCGAGCAGGUGUCCAUUCAGCAGCAGCAGCAGUUUCACAUUCCCAACGGCGUCCAGAUGCUGGUGGUGUACAUGGAGCAAAAGCAGUACCGCGAGUUGGCCGGGGAGGCACAGCGCGCCCAAAACUUGCAGCUGAUGGGCACGGCUCAGCUACCGCACAGCGGAAUGCCUUUUCAGUACGCCAAGCGAAAGAUUAAGCGGGAUAAAUCGCUGAUCUUCACGCACAUACCAGAGGAGGAGCAUGCACCGGAGCACGAGCAGCAGCAACCGCAGCAACCGGCUACCGUGGAGAUGCCCCCAGCUAGACCCAAAGCCAUGCGACCCACACACCUUCCGCUGCGCCUGAAGAGCAUGCACAGCAAGGACUUGCCCGAGUCCGGAAUCGCAUCCAUCAACUUUGAUGAGACAGACUCCUAUCCGGAAUUUAUUGGACGCACAAGCGUGUGCAACACGCCGAUGACCGAGAACAAAGUUCUGCCCGUCGGCAGUGUGAUGUCCAUUUGCGCCAAUCCCGAUGAUCCCGAGGGCAAGGCAGAGGAUGUCCACAAUUCCAAUGGCAAGGCCCAGUCGCGGCGAAACUCCCUUAAGCUUGACGUGGAGAAGUUCUUCCAGAACUUCAUCAGCAAUCCCAGCAAGCAGAUGACUCGUCGGAAGUCGUCCGCCGAUCUGCAGGAUGCCCUGCGUGCCAUUUCCAAGAAACUGAAUCACAUCACAGGGUUUAAAACAGACGUGAAUAGAAAUGGAAGUGGUAACAGUGACGACUCCUCCUCGGGUUCGCCGGAUUUCAUAGAGAACGACGAGAAGAUCACCUCGCGAACCAUCAGCGAUCCCACCUAUCCGGUAUUUAACACUAAUGGCCAGCAGAUCUCACGCAGCCUGUUCCAGCAAUUCCUCGAUCAGUACCGUCGGCUUUGGGGCGCAGCCAGCGAGCAAGCACAUCAGGAUGCCGAGUUAGCUGCCCUGGUAGCCGAGUUUAAAGAAUUCAAUGCUGAAAUCCAAAAGCUGGACGAACACAUGCGACAACAGGCCGCGGAGGCGGAGGCGGUAUCGGCCGAUAGGAAUCUCAACAACUCUGCAACAGCCAAAACUCCCUUGGACAAGCGCUCCAUGACGCUGCCCCUAAAGUCAGCGGGAGAAGCCACUUUUGGGGAGCGUGCCUCCAGUCGCAGUGUAGCAGGAGGUGUACCCUUGACUCCCCUAAUGGCCAAGCUCUCGGUUCUGGCUCUCAGUGAAACCACACCGAUAGAGAUACAAACGCCGCUGACCAGCAGCAAGGUCUUUCCACGUCGCAGCUCCCUGAAGUGCGAGGAUGCUGUGGAUGCCUUAGCGGCUAUGUCCACUGCUCCUGCUCUGCCGCCAGCUUCCGGUCAAUCGGAUGGCUUACAGCGCACAGAACUCUACAUUUGUGGUCAACAGAACAUGACCCUGUUGCUGCUCAUGGAGGAGGGCACCUGCCAUCAGCAGAAGGUGGUCCAGAAGAUGUUUGACAUUUGCGUGGCCAAGUUUCCGCACAUGGAAUCUCAACUGAAUCAGACUCUGAACGUGAAUGUGGAGGGCGAUAAGCGAGAUGGCAGCAACUAUAGCUUCAUGUGCGUGGAUGCCAAGUGGGAUGUGCUGCAGCGGAAUGGUCCCUGGAAUCCCCUAGAGCUUAACAUCCUGGAGAGCAUGCACUCGAUACAUUCCAGUGGACACCAUCAUCUUACGGACUUGAUACUGAGAUCCCAUGACUCGGUUUACUAUGGCCACAAGAGCGGCCGGACCGAGUUCUUUUACAAGGAGCCCACCCAUCAGAUAAACGGCAUACCGCCGCCCUCAGAUCCCAUUGGGAACAUACAGAUGCGCGCCAAGUCGCGGCUGGAACGCGAUCAUUCCUACAUGCUGUUCUAGGACGUUGCCUAGAUCAUUGUCGUCGUAUAAUUAUAAACAUAUUGAAUACUCGCAUGCUUAGCCAAAAAGAAAACAGAAAACCAAAAACGAUAACGUUAACGGGGCGUCUCUUCAAGUGCGUUUUGGGAGAGCCCGUAAAAAGCCAACUUAAUGCCAUCCGCUGCUGUUGUUUACUUUGCGAUCUCCAGCUCCCACGCGAGUUGUGUGUGUGUGUUCGGAAAAUUAUUCCAUAUCAUAUACAUAUAUACAAGGGAACUCUAUUUUAAAAGAUUUAUACUCUUGCUUUGACGAAUUUUAUACGAAAAUUUACACAGAGAAACGCAGCAGUUGUUGAACUUUUCCGAUCCCCCCUCGCGUGGGAUUCCAUUUUGCCUUGUUUUAUCCUUUCACUUGAUCGAUGUAAAGUACAAAAGUGUUUUUAUGCUUCGUUUACAAUGUCCAGCACUGCACUGUUGUUGUUUAAUUUAUAAGCUUGUAAUCUGUACACUUAUUUUAGUUAUUAUCUUACACUUGCUUUGCUUUACCAAAGGAAUUAAGUUGAGGUCGAGCUUUUAAUUGUAAAUACGAUGCAGGAAUUAGAUUCGUUUAGGUGGAAUAAAUUAUUUGUAACUAACUUA